UUUUUAGAUUUAUAAAUUAAAAUAAAUAAUAUUGAAAUGGCGAUGGGUGGUGAAGUGACAUUUCUUUUUCAACUUGGAUUAACAAGAGAUACAAUAAGUACUGAUCCAAGUACAUUGACAUUAAAAACUCUUAAAGAUUUAGCAUGUGAAUUUAUAAACAAUAAAUUUCCUGAUCAUGGCUUGAAUCAUCUUCGUGAUAGAUUACUACUUUUUAAACAUGAUAAAAAUACAACAAAUAUACUUCAACUUAUUGCAAAUACAACUGAAGUUAUUGAUGAGACACUUAUUGAAAUAGUCAUAUCACCAGCAAUACCAAAUACUGAGGAAGUUGUUGUACGUCCUCAUGGACUUGUUGUACAUUCAUACAAAGUACCAACAUUUUGUGAUUAUUGUGGUGAAAUGUUAUUUGGUUUAGUACGUCAAGGAUUAAAAUGUGAAGGUUGUGGUCUUAAUUAUCAUAAAAGAUGUGUCAUCAAAGUACCAAAUGAUUGUCGUCAAGAUAUUAAUAAUCGUCGUAGCAGUUCAAUACUACCAAAUUUACAAAAACAUCCAGCAAAUAAUCAACAAAAAUCAAAUGAUGAUACAAAAUUAUUUGGUACAAAUUUAACAGUUGGCCAGAGCAACAGUGCUCAGCAAAACUUAAAAAUAAAUAUAUCAUCAAAAAAUUCACAAUCACCAUUACUUGGUGGUCGUCCAGUAUGGAUUGAAAAAGAAAUAGCAAAUCGUGUUAAAAUACCUCAUACAUUUGUUGUACAUACAUAUACACGUCCAACAGUAUGCAGUUAUUGUAAAAAAUUAUUAAAAGGAUUAUUUAAACAAGGACAUCAAUGUAAAGAUUGUCAUUAUAAUGCACAUAAAAAAUGUAUUGAUAUGAUACCCAAGGAUUGUAUUGGAAAUGAAUAUCCAGAUAGUGAUGUUAGUAAUGAACAAGAUGGUAGAAAAUGUAUUAAAUAUCAAGAGGGUGAUAGUGAUGCUGAUAUUGAUAGUUUACCAAGAGAUAAUGAAAUUAAUUUAUAUGAAAAUCAAAUAAGUGUUAGUUAUGAUUCACCAGGAUCAAGAAAUUAUAUUCCACCAGAAGUUACUCAACGAAACGUUGAUUAUAGUUCUGACUCUAGUAUGACUCCAAAUAUUCCACUAAUGAGAAUAGCACAAAGUGUUAAAAAUACAAAACGUCGUGGUGGUUCAAAAUACUUGAAAGAAGGCUGGAUGGUACAUUUUACAAAUCGUGAUUCAACAAGAAAACGUCAUUUUUGGCGUCUUGAUUGUAAAUCAAUUGUUCUUUAUCAAAGUAAUACAGGAACAAAUUAUUUUAAAGAAAUAUUAUUAACAGAUAUAUUAUCAAUAAAUACAUUAAAAACAAAUAUACCACAUGAUGUAACACAUUGUUUUGAAUUUAAAACAACAACAAAUGUACAUUAUUAUGUUGGACAUGAUCCAUUACGUAAAAAUCCAAAAAUAAUGUUACCACCAUCAGAAUCUGGUGUUGGUGGACAUCUUGCUAGAUCAUGGGAAACAAGUAUACGUCAUGCAUUAAUGCCUGUUACAAAUGAACCAUCACCAAAUGAUGUAUUAUCAAAUGAACCAGAAGAAAAUAUAACAGAUAUAUCAAAAAUAUAUAAAAUAUUUGCUGAUGAAAUACUUGGUUCUGGACAAUUUGGUAUUGUAUAUGCUGGUGCACAUCGUAAAACAUUACGUCCAGUUGCUGUUAAAGUUAUUGAUAAAUCACGUUUUCCAACAAAACAAGAAGCACAAUUACGUAAUGAAGUAUCAAUACUUGAAAAUUUAUCACAUGGUGGUGUUGUUAAUCUUGAACGUACAUUUGAUCGUCCAGAUCGUGUAUUUGUUGUUAUGGAAAAAAUGAAAGGUGAUAUGUUAGAAAUGAUAUUACAAUCAGAAUGUGGUAGACUAACUGAAAGAGUUGCAAAAUUUUUAAUAACACAAAUAUUUGUUGCAUUAAAACAUUUACAUAGUAAAAAUAUUGUACAUUGUGAUUUAAAACCAGAAAAUGUAUUAUUAAGUAGUGAUAUUGAUUUUCCACAAGUUAAAUUAUGUGAUUUUGGAUAUGCUAGAAUUAUUGGUGAAAAAAGUUUUCGACGUAGUGUUGUUGGUACACCAGCAUAUUUAGCACCAGAAGUUUUAAAAAAUAAAGGUUACAAUAGAUCAUUAGAUAUGUGGAGUGUUGGUGUUAUUGUUUAUGUAUCAUUAAGUGGUACAUUUCCAUUUAAUGAAGAAGAAGAUAUUAAUCAACAAAUUCAUAAUGCUGCAUUUAUGUAUCCACCAAAUCCAUGGAAAGAAAUAUCUGAUAAUGCUAUUGAUCUUAUUAAUAAUUUAUUACAAGUUAUACAAAGUAAAAGAUUUACUGCUGAUAAAAGUUUACAACAUAUUUGGAUGCAAGAUUAUGAAACAUGGUGUGAUUUACGUAAACUUGAAGAUAAAAUUGGUUAUCGUUAUUUAACACAUGAAAGUGAUGAUGCACGUUGGGAAGAAUAUGCACGUCAGCUGGCCUGACGACGUUUAUUAAAAAUUAUUAAUAUAUCAACAUCUGGACCCAAAUAUGUAAGAACAACAUUUCGACGACUUAUUUGUGCCUAAAUAUUGAUAAAUCAACGAUUAAAUUAUUUUUUUUUUCAUCAUCAUCAUCAUCUUCAUCAUCAUUAAAUCUUGCCGAAUAAACAAACCAUCUUUUUAGCUAGAAUAUACUCAAAUUAUUGACUGAUAGAAUCACUUAUUUAAUCAAAUAUUAUUGGCUUUUAUUAUUAUUAUUUUAUUUUAUUUUUUUAUAGCUGAUAUAUUAGAAGAAAAAAAAGGCCUGUUUUAAUAAUAAUAUAAAAUUAUUAUUCAUUUUCCAUUUUUAAACAUUCCAACAAAAUGUUGAUAAUAUAAAACAAUUAAUAAAUUAUUAUCGCUUUUGAUGUUUUUAAAAUUAUUGUUAUUAUAUGAUAAUAAUUGUUGAAAAUAAUUUACCGUCAGUAAUUAAUUAGCUCCAUAAUAUUUGUCAACGAAAAAAAUAAUAAUAAUGAUAACAAAUUGCUUGAAAAGUAUUAAAUUGUGGAUAAAAAUAAAUUAACACAAAAAGAAAUUAUAAAAUCGUAGAAGUAAGAUAAAUGCCAAACAGCUUUAAUCUGAUUUUUUUAUUUAAAAAAAAAAAGCAUUAUGUGAUUGUUGUUUUUGGGGCUUUGAUAAACGCACAAUAUUAUCAGUAAUUAUAUAUUAACGUAUUGUUAAUAAUAAUAAUAAUAAUUGUGAAUUGAUUGUCGUUGAAAAAAAAUAUUCCAGUGAAUUAAAUGUUAGAUGAUAAAAUAAUUUACAUCAAGUUUUAUGUUCAAGUAAUCCUUUUUAUUUUACAAUAACUCGGGACGAAACAAGUGUAUUAAUAAUGUGCAAUUGUUAUAAAUAAUUUCAAGAAAAUUGUCUUCCUUUUGACAAUGAAAAAAACAUUAAUUUUAAUAUGAAUUUAUUCAAACUUUUAUUUAACUUAAAACGACUGCAUUUCUUUUUUUUUUCUAUUGAAAAAAAAAAACUUUUUUUUUAUUUGUUGAGUAUGUUAUUAUUAAUUGUACAAAAAAAAAUGUCAUUGAUUUUUUUUUUUGUUAAGAUAAGCUUUUAAUUUAAAUAAUUUAUAAAUUUAAUUUGUGACCUGGUUGUGGGAUCUGAUCUACUUAUUAUUUUUUAAUCUAUUUUACAUUUAACUUUUAAGUUUUUGAAUUUAUUUCUUUUUGUUUUCGUACUUGAAAUUUUAAUUUCAAUUAAGCUUCGAACAAAAAAAAAAUAUGGUAUUUUAUUGUCACAAAAAA